AUGUUUGUACUGACAUUGGCUCUAGUUUUCCUGCUGGCCAGGGAAGUUUUAAAUAAGCCUUGGAAGGAUCCGGAACUUCUUGAGCAGUAUUUUCAAGGAGACAUCAUAGAUAGACCCAUACAAUACCGGAAUGGUAUUACCAAUACGAUUCUCCACUGGCCAAAUGGCGUAGUGCAAUACCUGAUAGAGGAAAAUGAGUUUGCCGACAGUCAUUAUCAAGAAAUUCUAAGGGCGAUUACCAUCAUAGAGGCAAACUCGUGUAUUGUCUUCAGGAAAGCCACAGAAGAAGAGCGGUCGAAGGCUCUUGUAAUUACGUCGAAAGGCUUGGGCUGCAAUUCUGUUUAUUUGGGCUUCAGGAAUAAGACGCAAGUAGUGAACCUUCAGAUUUAUCCUAUUGGUGAGGGUUGCUUUCGUAUCGGUUCCAUCAUACACGAGCUUCUGCAUACCCUGGGCUUCGAGCAUCAGCAUGUGUCCAACAAUCGAGACGAGUAUGUCAGCAUCCAAUGGGAUAAUAUUAACCCGCAGUACCGAAUUAAUUUCGUAAACCACGACAAUACCACCGAUUGGCACGACUUUGGCGAGGGCUACGACUAUGAAAGUGUUAUGCAUUAUGUUCCCACGGCGUUUUCCAAUAAUGGUAAACCCACGAUUGUUGCCCUCAAGGAUGGGUCCUCGAAUAUGGGUCAGAGACUUAACAUGAGCGUAAAGGAUAUUCGCAAGCUUAACAAAAUGUACAAGUGCCCCGGGUAUGUCUAAGAAUCAAAAUAUUAUUUAUUAACUCGAAAAACGUA